AUGGCAUCGCAAGAAGCCAACCUCCCCUUCAUCCGCAACCUCGCCUCGAGCGACCGCAAACUCCGCACCACGUCCCUCGAAUCCCUCCGCGCCUUCCUCUCCGCCCAACACACCCUAACCCCCACCGACGCCCUCAAGCUCUGGAAAGGCCUCUUCUACGCAAUGUGGAUGUGCGACCGACCCAUCCCCCAACAGAACCUCGCCGCCGAACUGGCCAAUCUCCUCGCGCCAUCCACUUCCUCUUCAUCUUCCUCCACCGAAACUGGCGUCGUGCACGAAGAGUGCGCGAGUGCGUGGAUGCGCGGCUUCUGGGAGAUCAUUUCCACGCAAUGGACGACGGGCAUCGACGUUCUCCGGAUGGAAAAGUUCCUCCUACUCGUCAGGCGGUUCGUGUGCGCUUCGUUUGCGUGGGUGAGGGUAGGCGGGUAUAAAGACGGGAGGGUGCGUGCGCUUCUGGAGGUUUUGGGGGAGUGGCCUUUGGAGAAGGAGGGGGAGCUGGAUAGGGUUCCGUUGGGGUUGAGGUUACAUGUUAUCGAUGUAUGGGUGGACGAGGUGGAGAGGUCCCGGGUGCUGGCGGAGGUGGAGGAGAAGGAGGGGGCGAGGAAGGUUGUUGAUGGAGUGGGGGAUUUGGUUAGGGCGUUGACGAAGGGGUUUCCUAGUAAGCCUUUGAGGAAGAAGGCGGGGGAUUCUCUGGAGGAUGAGAGGUUACCGUGGUAUGUGCCGCCGAAGGAGGACGACGAAGGGGAUGAUGACGACGGAUGGGCGGGCUUCCAGGAUUAG